ACAGCCACGAAAUUGAGAAAGCUUUUCAAACUAGGCCGAUAAUUUGCAAGCUUGCUGAUUUUGGAGAAAGCCGAUCCGUGAUUAAUCAAACAAAUAAUGUGUGUCGCAUGGUUACGAACAACCUUGCCCGUGGAACGCCCGCUUAUCGUGCACCAGAAAUAUUUUGCCAGAACGGAUCAGCUCUGUCCUUAGUAGACCUAAAGGCUGUGGAUAUCUGGGCCCUAGGGAUGGUAUUGUUCGUCAUUAUCAAUCCGGACUUGAAGUACCCUUUUCAGAUGGAGUUAGAAAGGGUUCAAACCGGAAAUUGUCUAUCUGUGUUAGAAGGGCUCAUUUCUAAAAAUGAGAAGCCGGCUCACUCGGAUCACUAUUGCAUGCAACAUGCAGUAAAUUGCCUCCGACUUCGCAAAUUAUCUGAAUAUUGUACGCGUUUCCAUCCGAAAGACAGGCCAGAUGCAAAAUACAUUGUAGAUGUCUUGAAAAAUGAAGACCUGUCAAACAGCAGAAACUUACCCCUCACAGUCAACCAAGGAACCUGCAUUGAGAAUGCAACUAGCUCGUACGUUCCUGGUGAUGGGACCAAUGGCUGUGCAUUUCUGUCCGUGGUUUUUGGCGAUCACUUGCUGUGCCAAAAUGAGAGGUCAACUGUCACCACAUUUGAAGAAAUUGCCUGCCUUGCUGAGGAAGUCAUCAUCGAUUCCCCUCUUCAAUUCAAUCCCUUUCGAGAUAAAAGUCGGCAUUACGACGCAUCGGAGGCUUAUGGAAUUCUGAAGAAAUGUAAAGUGAUAAAAGAGGAGUACGAAUUCAGUGAGGAAAUCCUUUCAAGCCAUGGAGUUUACUCAGUGUGUGCCAGAGAUGAGCUAAGAGCAGUUGUGUACCAACUUACAGCAAAAAGAGAGAUGAGGCUUGCCUUCUAUUCCUGCGGUGGGUACAUCUUUACAAUAGGAUGGGCAUUUGGAUACCUAUUUAUUAUGGACACACAUGCCAUAUUCCAUGAGCUCGGCGGUAACGGUAAUGGUUUGGUAAAAGUUUUCCUUCAAGACGAUAGGCAGUUAGCUGCUGAAGAUCUGUGUGCGUGGGUAUGGAAACGACUCAGUCAGAGUGGAGUUAAGAGCUGUGCUCAGCAGUCUGUUGCUGAGAUGACGAAGUCCAGGUAAUAGCGCUGAAAAACUAAAAGCUAACAUCUACUUAACUGACCACACAAGUUGAUUUGAAAAAUAAAGCGUCCAAAUCUCCCACAAGUUCAGAAUGCUUUCUGAUAUGGGUUAAGAAAUGAAUGUAAAGAGUGAGUAGACACACAGCUAAAGGUUUGUUUCUUUUUAGUCCCUUUUGUAGUCACAAGACAACUCUAAGUGAGGAUAUCAAAGUACCUUCAAGUGUUGAUGAUGACUUGAAAGAAGAGGCAUGUUGUGUACAAGGGAAUGAUUCCUCCCAAUCACCCUCUAAAUCUCCUGUGAAGAAAAAAGUGAAGAGGUAUCAAACCGCCAUCAAGGUGGAACAAGAAUUUGGUAAAAGAAAGUUAAACCUUGACCUGUCCAGCCAAUCCAGCAAAGUCCCAGAUGUUAUUUCCAUAGACAGUUCUGAAGAUGAGAAUCAACAUGAUGCUAGUGUUUUAAGUGAUAAUGAUGCAAACAGCACCAGCAUUAAAGCUUCAGAGGAGGUUACCGUUGACAAUUCUAAAGAUGAUGGUGUCGUAGAAUAUCAAAGUUGUGCGAGCAUUUCUAGCGAUAUUGAUGGAGACAGGGUUGAGUCUGACGAUGACGACUCUGAAACAUUUGUGAACAGUUCUCAAUCCCAAGAUCACAGUGAAACUGCGUCUUUUUAUCUUGGUGAUAAACACAUACCGGUUUAUGCCUCAGAGAUGAAGGAGUUGUCAAACAGCGACAUUGCACGGCUAUUACUAGAUCCUCCUGAAGAUAAAGUCGCUUCGAAACCACCCGUAAAGUGUCAAGAAAACAAAAUUUUCAUCAUUGAUAAAAAGUCGCCGUAUUUUCGAAACCCAGACGACUGGAAAGCAGAUGGCCUUGGAGUCUACAAAAACGAUGGAACUCAUGUUGUUGCGUAUUACGAGGACAAGAAUCCGGAAAUCCGCUGGAUAUCCAAAACAAAACCAGAAGAUUGCAAACGCUCCACAGUUCUUCUCAAGAGAACGUACUGGACGCACGUACAACAUCCUGAUUUCCGCAGAAGAGCUUAUGAAAUACUCAGAUAUAGUGGGCACAGCUUUACGCCCGAGCGAUUCGUACUUUUACAGUACAGUUUCAGCGGAAAACCACAUGCGAUCACGACCAAACCACACGGCAAUUCUAAGUCCGAGAAAGCUUUUACUCGCACCAAACCUGGAGUUUUGGAGAGCAUCAAGGGAAAGGUGAAAGGUUCUGCUCCUCCGUCCAAAGUGUAUGACGAAGUGUUUGAAGAGGCUGGGGGCCUACUCAAGGUUUGCAGUGUCUCAGAUGUUCCCAGAAAUAGAAAGCAAGUGGAGAACGCAAAAUAUAAGGGAAGGGAAGUUCGAAGUCAAGACGAGUUAUACGACCUAACCCUCAAAUCAAAAGAAGAGGAGGAAACGGGAAAAGUUUAUAUUCGACGCCUGCAAGUUGCACCUAGUCCGGCAUGCGUUUUGGCUUCUGAUCGGCAAGUUCAGGAUGUUAAGCGGUUUUGUGCCAAUACAACUGAACAAUUUUCAGUGCUCUCCAUCGACACAACUUUCAACAUUGGCGACUUCUAUGUGACACCUACAACCUAUAGGCAUCUGCUGCUGGACGACAGGAGAACUGAAAACCCCCCUCUUUUACUUGGGCCAACACUAAUACACACGAGAAAGGACAGCGACACUUUCAGCUACUUUGGAGCCACACUUACAGGACUUGAAAACGGCACUAGAAACAUACGAUUUAUAGGGUCAGACCGAGAAGAUGCCGUUGAGAAGGGAAUGAGUCCUUAUCUUCCUGUUGCAACAUGGCUUGCUUGCAAACGUCACGUGGUAGAGGACUGUAAAAGGAAGCUUCGCUCGUUAGGAAUCUCAUCAGAGUACCUUACAGCUUUUCUACGUGACAUAUUUGGGUGUGAUGCCAACCAUGAAAAAGGGCUCAUCGAUUCCGAAGGAUGCAUGGACUUUGAUGCUAAACUUGAGAGUUUGGAAAACGUGUGGAAUUCAAGAGAAAAAACAUCAAGGGGUACAGCACUCUCCGAUUCAAGCGAAGCAGAAUUCCAUAAGUACUUUGUCGCACACGUUGCGGAAGACAUGAAGAAGAAGAUGAUUUCCCCCGUUAGAAAACGUGCUGGCCUGGGGGAAGCCUUUUUUUACAACAACGCAGCAGAGUCCAAACAUCAGCGGAUAAAAGCACGAAAAGGGCAGAUGUACGGGGAAAGAAAACUCGCCUGGACUGAAGUAGUUGACUUGCUAAAAUCUAUUUCUGAAGAGGAGGAAAGGAAUUGCGAAAGGGCUAUUGUGGAUGAGGGUCCUUUCAAGAUAAGGCAGCAAUACAGUUCCAAGCUUCAUGUUCCCUUCUCCACCUACAUCGGGAAGUCGCACGCCCAAAAGGAGAAGGUUAAUAGGAGAGUUCAUGAAAUUUCAAUGGAGGCAUUUUUACAACUGGAAGAAGGCUCGAUCAAUAAUGCAAAGGCUAAGAACAAGAAUCUGACCAAAUGCGCUUACAAGAACAUGCCAAAGUCAGUCGGUGGGAAACCUGGAGAAGCCGAACGGAAAAGAAAACGUAAUCCCCAGUCCGAGCGUUCAACUAGCAAAUACACAGAAAGAGUUCCUACCCCUCCGAAACCAACACUUAACAGCAAUACCUUCAAAGUUAAAUGGCUCAAGAACUCGAGAGUUUACAGAUGUUAUGGGUGUCGGCAAAAUAUCCGUCCUAAACCCCAGAAAGGCGAAACGGAAGUUGUUCCUCCACCACCUUGGGACUUAGUUCUUGCACGACUGGAACUCCGGCUAAUCUCUAAUGGUGCUGGCGAGCUGAAGAUGUCCAUCAAGCCGGAACCAGUGCAUUAUCACCCAAAAUUGUCCUGCAUUCGCAACGCCCACGGCAAAAAGUAUUAUCCGUCGGUGGAAGUAACGGAUGCUGACAAGAAGUUGAUGGAUGAUAUUCAUCUUCGGCAUUUACGAAGCGAGUUCGGUCUAUGAACAGUCUGCGCAAUCGUGGCUACGAGGCCAUAAUUACCGUAUUUUCUCGAAUAAGCGCUCACCCCCAACGCCUUCAGACUCAACUACAGCACAAUCAGCGCAGGUUAAUAAUCUCCUAUUAAGUGCCCCCCUCGAUUAAGUUCUCUCCUUGUAAGAGCCCCUUCUUUUAGCCAAAAAUUUAGAUGAGCGCUCGGGUGCUUAUUCGAGGAAAUGCAGUACUUUUCAAGCCCGCUCGGCUCAGUUUGGUUUUUAAUGAUAGAAAAGUAAUAGUAUUUCAAAUGUUUUUAUGUAAGCAAUUGUAGCAAAAGUUUUCGCUUGAGUCAACCAUUGUUUAUGUUUUAAGACGAAACCUGUGUGAACAUGAUUCGUAGACAGGUCCCGUUAAUGUUAGUUAUUGCUGAAAUUAUUUCCAGUUUUUUUAAAUCAACAUCAUUCUCACUUUUAAAUUAAGCAACCGUGUGGCAUAUUUUGUCUAAAAAUUCACUCAUUAUUAUUAUUAGGGUUAGUUGGUGAAACCUGUGUUAAGAUGACUGACAUUGACAGGUCCCGUUAAUAUUAGAUAAUGGUAUUCCUCGUUGAUUUAAGCUCGAUAUAUUUUCACUGAUAAUGUCGGAGUUUUAGUUAAGAUUGCGUUAACAAGAAGUAAGUCAACGCUUGUGAUUGCAUCACUGCAUGUGGACAACGUCAAACCCUUACAGGCCUAAUGUCAAUUUUACUCAAAAAAGAGAGGUUGACAAAUUAGUAAUGGACAUCCACAGCAUGAUAUUAAACAUUAUUACGAGCAAAGAUAUUUUUUCCGGUAUCGACUUAAUAUCCGCGGAAGUUAUCCUCCUAAGGGGAAAUUAGUGUGGGUACACUUGAUUUUCAUUUGGCUCUCUUGAUCCUUUGGCCUUGCCUAUAAUUCCGUCUUUUAGGCUCUGGGGUAAUUUUCCGCCAUGCCGUCUUUUAGGAGUUGCUGCUAGCAAAUGACUGGAAAAAAUGGGGUCAAAUCCAAGGGAAAUUGGGUCGCCGGGUUAGAGUUAGCGGGGUUCUAGUGACAGGAUCUAUUCUCACCAUGCAAAUUAGAAGAAUUAGUGAAAUAGCCCCUUUUUUGUUUAGAAAGUUUAUUUCUUCCGCUGAUAUGUAAGCCGUAAAUUUCACAGAAGGAUGGUAGUGUUUUGGACACCUGGUCGCGAAGAAAUUCUUCAAAUUCUUCUUGACGGCUUCCUUCUGCUAACUUUCUUUUGUCUUUUCACGCCAUGAGAAAUUCCCACGCGCGUGACACACUG